AUGAGAUUGAGAAUUUUUGACAUAAUAUUAAAAGAUAUCUUAGCCGAAGCUUCACGAACAGGAGAGUAUGAGCCAACACAUACAAAGAAACUUGAAGAGAAGAUUGACAUUCUGAAUAAACAUGCUAUUAAUACUAUUGGAAAACGAUUUUUCUUUAAAUUUGAAACAGAAAAUAACGUUAAAACAAUUGUAUCUUGUGGUCGUUUUUCAGGUCAUCUACAGCAAGCAUUUUUUGUUGAUUCUUUUCCAUAUGAAAAAAUCAUUGAAAAUAAAGAUCGUGCCACAAAUGCGAAAAAUUUAGUCCAGAAAUUUAAAGCAAUUCUUCAGAUAAUUAAGACAGAUAAAUCAAAAAGAACAAGCGAUUUAGCUGAAGUUGCGAAAUCUUUUGUUAAAGACUUUCGUCAUUCAGGACUACGAGCAGGUUGUACUCCUUAUAUGCAUUUAAUAGGUACACAUUUAGCUGAGCAGGAUAAAGCCGAAGAUCUGCGUGCAUACGACAUGCAAGGAGUUGAAAAGUCCAAUGAUUUACUGUCUCGUCUGUAUUUUUCAUCUAGCAAUCGAGCUAAAAAUCCUUUAAGAACAAUGAUGCAAAAUUUAUACCGACGACUUGAAAUGAAUUUUGCUGAUCCUAAAGAUCGUGUGGCUCUAAAUAACUAUUCUCUGAAUGGAAUAUGGACUGAUACUGAUAGCGAAGAAGAUGACAAUAGCGUAGAUGAGAUUUUCAGUUGUUCUUCCAGUUCCAAUCAAUCAGAUUUCUCAUCUGUUGAUGAUAAUCAAUCUGAUCAAGGCAAUGAUCAUGAAUCUAGUCAAGAGAGUGAUGAUGAAUUAGAUGAAGAAGAGUCAGAUCAAGCUCCUUACUAUAUAACACAUGUCAAGUUGAAGAACACUUUAACUGUAGUUACAAAGGUGCAAAACAAUCGUUUUUCGUUUCUUCAGUAA